AGAAACUGGCUGAAGGGCAAUGGAGUUGACAGCCCCUUUCCAGGGUUUGAGAUGGAGCCAACGAACGGCUCUCAGAUUUUGGCUGCCACGUAUUCUCACUUUGGGCGUUAGCCUGUCUUUAGCUCGCGCCCAGUGAUGGGGCGCGUUUGCAAGGUCUCCGGUGAGCAUGUGAUGUCCGAGGCUGAGUUCGCUGCAUGGUGGAAUGAGAGUAAGCACCUGCAGGAUGACGUCUUCAUUGACGUGCUGAGGCGCAAAUUGGCCACGCAGCUUCAGGUAGAGUAUUUCAGGCGGCUUGCGCUGGUUUGCGGUGAUGCAAUGCUUUCGGUAGACAGCCAUUGGAUCGAUGCGGAGCUGGUGGUUGUGAUUCGGCCCUACUCGACAGAUCCAGAUGGCGAGAUAGCGUUGGUGAAGGUUGCGCGAGACGGGGGUCUUGCAGCAGUUGUGAACCUCCUCGAAAGGCUCUGGACCCGGGCAACAAAGGAGUUCUCCUACACGACUCAGAAGAAGUUGUCUCAGAUGACCAUGGACUCAGGGUGGCACCGCUGCAGACGGCUGUUGAGAAUGGCCAUUUGGAAGUUGUGCUUUGUUUGCUGCAAGCGGGCGCUGACAAGGACAAAGCCGACAGCGGCGGAAAGACUCCCACACAUGAUGCUGCCGCACGUGGCCAUCAGGAAGUUGUGCGUUGCUUGCUGCAAGCCGGUGCCGACAAGGACAAAGCCGACUUGAGCUGAAGGACUCCUCUCCAUGAUGCUGCCGCGAAUGGCCAUCAGGAGGUUGUGGCUUGCUGCAAGCCGGAGCCGACGAGGACAAAGCCGACAAGGGCGGAAAGACACCUAUGCAGUUGGCUUGGGGCGGAUUGAAGGGGGUUGCUGUGUGUGAUAAUUAAGUUUGCAUGAAUUUCUCAAGAUAGGCAUCCCUACAAAAAGGCAUCUCGCCUCCACCCAGCCGUUUUUUUGUUGUGUGUGAGGAGGGGGGA